UUGGAAGAUAUACUGAUACUUCAUUAUUCUCAGAAAUUAAACACGCCACUUUCUCUACCUUUGCUGAUCAAAACAAAGACUCUCAGGUGAAGCACAAAAAUUCAAAGUGUGCUGAUCCUCUUUUUUCCUUACUUAUUCCUUCGAUUAAAAAUUAUUCUCUCCCAAACUUUUACGCGGAAAGAAGUAUGGAGAAAUUGUUACCACGACAGAUGGUAGAAUGAAUAUAAAGUUAAUGUGAAAUAUUUGUUAGAAGCACAAAGGGUUCGUGAAGUGCACGAGCUUAAACGCUGCUCCUUUCAUGGUCUGUUGUUUAUCCGCAAAAUGAGGGUGUUUCCAGGAACUCACUUAUUGGCGGUGCUUUUGGUUGUAUGCAAAAUUACCUUAAUGGUUGAAGGACAAACUCUGGUCCAAGACGGAAAGAUCAACUUCACUGCGUCAUAUCCUGACUUGCUUUACUGCACGAACGUGCAGUUCCCUCGUGCAUUCUCUAGCUCGAGAAAUGUAAGGGUGAUAGCGUCCAUCGGGUAUGAGUCCAAUACUCGCAGCGUACACGACUCGGCUGUUGUGUGGACGUCAGACGUAACACAGAGUAGUUUUCGCGUAUGUGCGCUGGAGUCGGGACUUGGCACAAAUGGAUCCGCCGUCGUGAACUGGAUUGCAUUUCGAAGUGCCCCCUCUGGAAUGUUGGAUGGCACCGCCUCCUUUAGUGCAUUUACCAGUGGAACAAAAUGUGAGAGAGUUACCUUUGUUCAGCGAUUUGCAUCUAUCCCAAAAGUGCUGGCUACAGUACGUCAUUCUGUUAGCAACAAGUCACAGGACGCUAUGAAUGUCUGGGUUGAAGAACUCAAGGCGGAUUAUUUCAGAGUGUGCCUUAGGGAAGUGAAAACUUUCGAUGGAAAGCAUCAGAAUUUAAAAGUGGAUUGGCUGGCAUUUACACAAAGAGGUGUUCAACUUACAUUUGAAGGAAAAUUGUUGCUUGAAAAUGGCGGAGCUCCUCGGGAACAAGACAAUUUCGCCUUUUGUAAGGUACACAACUUUACCGAAGAAUUCUAUGCACCCCCUGUAGUCAUAGUAACAGUAAAUCAUCUCUACGAUAGCAAGAAUGUAUAUUCCAUCAAGCCAGAGAACAAUGUUCUCAAUACUUGGAUUGAGGAAAUAACGAUCUCAUCGUUCCGUGUGUGUGUAAAAGACUUGGCAGGAAUGGAAAGUCAACACGACCCCGUUACUGUUGAUUACGCCGUUAUUGGAGAUUUUGAUCCUUGCAUCAAUGUUUCCUGUAAUUAUUUUGCUGUCUGCAAGGCAUUUGGACCCAAAGACGCCAGGUGCAUAUGCGUGGAUAAUUGUCCAUCGUACGACGAACCUGUGUGUUCAUCCAACGGAACCACCUACGACAACGAGUGUAUGUUUCAAAGAGAAAUGUGCCACUUGAAGGCUAAUUUUACCCUUUAUCACCCGGGUGAUUGUACAGGAUUCCCUUCACAGAAAGGUCGUCAUCGUCUUCAUCACCACCCAAACUGGGCUGAGGCAGUUUGUGAACAGGUUCCACUGGUUCCUUAUGUCUUCUAUCCUGACUAACCUGUUCACGUACAAGUAUCUGUUAAUCACGUCAACUUCUCGGAUCCCUCCUAUGUCCACGAGGCUGCUGUGGCCUGGGUCGAGGAUUUAAGGGAAAACAAUUUUACAAUUUGUGUCACUCAAGCUGGGAGGAAUGAGAAGAAAAAUGGAAAAACAUUCGCUAUGGUUGAUUGGUUAGCAUAUCAGGGGGCCCCUGACGGGGGAGUGUCAGGUGAAAUGGACAUGCCGACAUGGUGGACUGGAACGAGCUGUCGCACAGUUUCGUUGCCUCCGAAAAAGUUUCAGUCAGUUCCCACCGUAUUUGUGUCGGCUCAGCAUGAAAGGCGGGGAGUGAAGCAUGAUGCGUCUUCUGUUUGGGUGGAAGAUUUGACGACAACUUCCUUUAAGAUCUGUGUCAGGGAGUUACAGAACUUUGAUGGAGCUCACCAAAGCAUCCAUGUAGACUGGAUGGCGUUUGAAGAGCUUCAUCAGCCCUUGUUUAUGGAGCAUGGCUCCUUAUACUUUGCAAACGGGAAAAAACCAUCCAAAGAAUUUAACUAUGCUUUUUGUGAG